AUGCCACGUGUCUGGAAGGACUUUAUCCAAUGUAUGGCACCCAUGGUCUUCGAUUACGCCGGCACGUCCCACGACGACGACGCCGCCUCUGGCAUCCUCAUCCAAAUCCUCGAGGCCGAACGCUCCAUUGCAAACUCGGCGCCAUGUUUUCCACAAGACGACGACAUGACUGUUGUAAUCACUUUGUUGGACACGUUCUUCAGUCGGGAGCACCCACAGCUCUUUCAUCGCCACAACUCGACCCUUGGCCACUCGAAAAAGGAGUUGUCCAGACCCAAUAUAUCGACGCUCCUCUUGUUGCCUCUCACGGUUGGGACCUCCUUUGGCCCCCGCAUCGUGCCCGCCAUCCUCCAGCACGGCGUAUUUGCCGUCGUAGCGAUGCUUGACGUGUACUUUUGUAUCUAUCGCAAGUCGCUGCUUCAAGAAGCCAAGAAGACAAACCUGGCGAUGUGGCACCACGCCUUAAAGUCUACUGAAUCAUGGCUCGAUACCAUCGAGCAGGAAUCGUUUUGGCGGCAAUGCAACAAGCGAUGGGCCCCAACUUCAUCCUUUCGCCGCCGUUACAUGUCGUUGUAUGCAUCGUGUCGCCUCCAAGCCGCGAUGCGACGACAGUGUCAUACAUUGAACGAGGUCGACUGGCUCGGUUUUGAUGUGGACGGCACCCUCGUCGAGUACAACCACUCAUGUCUAGCCCAGCUAUCGUUUGACAAAGCAGUGGACGUCCUCAUAUCGAUGUUUCCGACUCUAAACACAACCCCACGACCAACGUACCUUUACAGCACGCACAUCACCCAGCGCUGUGUCACAGUCGACACCUUCCGUGGCAAUUUUUUGUAUGUGACGGCGUCUGGAGUGAUCCAUCAUGCCGUCCACGGCCAUGCCCGCGCCGUGGACAUUGCGUCGACGUAUCCAUCCUGUCGGUGGGUCCACCGCGAGCCACCAGCAACGGAAACCCAUCGCCAGAACAUUCCGCCUUCUCCUGAGCACGCCACGUCAUGUGUGGACAUGUGGACGUUGGGGGACACGGUGUUUGCCCCGCUGUAUGCUUGGCUCAUCGACAUGCAUGACGCCAACAAGAUUGCACUUGUGACCAAUAUCGACAAGACCCAAACCACGUACGAGCACUUGGCCCAACUCGCAAAGCAAGCGAUUGGCACGUUCUAUCGCACGCAGUUCGAUGACAUUUUGGCGACGUCACCACAAGCAUUGAUUACGUACAACCGGCGCACCAUACAAACAUUACAACGCCUGAGACGGCGCCAUAUUCGACUGUUUGUACUCACAAACGGCACUUUCGAGCACUGCGAUAACGUCAUGCGGUAUGCAGUGGGCGUGUCGUGGCAACGUCACUUUGACAUCAUCAUUACCUCCGCAACCAAAGCCACGUUCUUUCACAACCACACACGACCGUUUCUCACGUGUCCAGGAAGAAAAGGGGGCCAAGCGGUUGUUGCCACACAACUCGUACCUGGACAAGUGUAUUCGCGAGGCAACGCAAACGCACUGCACGCGUUCUUUACCACCACACAUCCAAAUGUCCGCGUUUGCUUUGUCGGAGACCACUCGAUGGAAGACAUGGCACUGCCAUACACGACGAUGCACUGGGAUACCAUUGGCAUCGUUCCAGAACUACAACAUGACAUUCUCAAGCGUCCAUCGCUUUUCCAGACGUGUUGCCGACACCUGGGGCAAUGUGGAACGAAGUCGAGGCAAGUUGCGGUCUCCCCCCUCAACGAAACCACACAAGACGAUGCAGCAAGGACCACGAUGGAUAGAUCGUGUCGACAUGUGUUCUACUUUGGCGUUGGCGGGCCCAUGAGUUCUAUGGGGAAGCGCAUCGUCCAGUCCACCGUGAUAGUGGUUAAGAAGGCAUAG